AUGAAGCUUUGCAACCAUCACCCGUGGCUCAGGAUAUGCGAGCAGGGCUAUGAGACGUCACUGAUCGAUACAGGCAGAUUGCAGACACUGGGUUCACGCUUUGAGCAGCCCGAGGAUAUCUAUCCCAGCCUCAUCGUACUUGUAGGUCAACAAGCAAAAUCUGUUGCCCUCGAGAAGCUCUUCGACGUUCCCCGAAGUCGCCUGUUCAAGAGCAAACCCUAUAUUGGAGAUAUUGACCUUCACGUGGCCUCUGCACCGCCCAGUUCCAGAAGACCCAUUCUCAUUGCCACGGGUUCAGUCGGUAGCGAGCGUGUUCGUCACACACCAAACCGCCACCGUUGCCGCGAUGGAAGCCUAUGGCCUCUGCGCACCGGGCCUGGCAGAUCGGAGUCUCAUCAUAUGCAACGCACCGAACAAGCAAUCUAUAGCCGACUUCUUCUACCUUUCACCGACGUUUUCUGUAUCUUUGCCUCCGACCUAGGAGGAUUCCGAGGAGUUGCUUCUCAAUUGGCUGGUUGGCUACGUGAUGUGACCGGCCCUACCUCCACACCUUUCACCAGACCUUCCGUGGUCGUCGUGAGUGACAAAAUCCCGCUGACCCAGAUGGCAGAAACUGAAGCCCAAAAAGCCCUGCUCUUGUUGUUGAAGGAAGAGACCAGCCAAGAUCCAUCUGUUUUAUUCUCUUUCAUCGAAGUUGUUGCCGUGCCCCCCAGUCAAAAGUUCCGUCCCCAAGGGUCGAUGGAGCACCUGAAGCAACAACUUCUCUUGCGUGUCCGAAAAGCCGAAAAUUGCAGACGUGAGGCCCGUACUUUGUAUUCUUUGACCCACUUUACAGCGUUUUUCGAAUCCGCCUGUGAGCACUUCUCCGCCUCGGGCUCGGAUCCGUUCGAUUUCAUCAGAGCCUCCCGCUCCCACAAUCCCCUGGCAGAAGAUCAUGCACUGCACCUGACGAAUUUCUUCAAGGCUUGCGAUACCGCUCGAGAUUUGACCAACUUUGCGGUCCCUGUCAUCGCCUCGAGUCUGAUGAUCGAUAGCUACCCCCCCAACUGCCACGUGUUUGACUCUGCCCAAGUCUUUCAGUCGCUUUACCGGGACGCCCUCCGCGAAGCACUUGGCGGACGGGUGGUAUCCUUCGAGGGUUCGCCCGACAUUAUCCUGCGUUCGGCAGUCCUCAAGCUCAUACAGGGUAAGUUGUCGCAAUAUUUUGAUUCACUGGUCUCUGGGACGGAACUACCCAGCGCGUCGCUUCAUUUACAGGUGCUUCAACAAUUUGUGAAGGGAUGGCGCCGUAUCCGCAGCGACGUUACUUGCUUGUGCUGCAUCCGACGUCCUCCCCAGUACCGGUUCCCUUGUGGGCACUGCUUCUGCGAGACCUGUAUUCAAAUCUUCGGACAAACACAACCCACUCGGCCCUGGACCUAUCAAGUCUCUUCAUGCUUCCUCUGCAAGCGUGUAUGGGAUCAAGACAUUACGGUGGCCGUCAAGCCUCCGACCAGUGGAGUGAGCAUCCUCAGCAUCGACGGAGGUGGAACUCGGGCUAUCAUCCCACUAACCGUGUUGAGAAGACUUCAAGAACGCAUUGGCCUCCCGAUUCCAAUUCAAAAGUUUUUCAAGGUGGAAGCUUUGUGA